UUCUUCAGAUCUAUCGAGCGAGCGAGAGAAGCGGAGCUCCGUGGAUGUCGAGCAAUGGCGAUGACCUCGAUGAGGACGCUCUCCUUGAGAUCGCCCUCAAAGAGCAAGCUCAGCGCGACACCAACUACAGGCGCCCAUCUCAGGCUUCCAAACCCGUAGUCAACCUCGUCCAGCCACCGCCAAUCCCGCCGGCAUCGAGAAACCAGAGGAAUCCUAACCCUAGGGCUGCUCCAACGCCUGCCAUGGCUCACAAGAAGAAUCCCAGCCGGGGAGGGGAUGAUGAUGAUGAUUCUGAGGUCGAGUUGCUUAGUAUAUCGUCUGGUGAUGAGGAUUCGACGAAGGAUCGGGUGGUUCCGCAGCGAGGAGCUGCUGCUGGGAGAGAUCGGAGAGGUGAAAGGGAUGAUGGUGAUCGCGCGUGGAAUGGGGAUGAACCGGAUUGCUGGAAGAGAGUCGAUGAGACGGAUCUUUCCAGGAGGGUCCGAGAAAUGCGUGACACAAGAGCUGCACCUAGCCAAACACUUGAUCAGAAAACUGCAGCAAUGGGUCGUAAAGGACUCAACAACUUGCAAUCCUUCCGAGGGGUGGAAGUAUUGGACCCAUUAGGGCUAGGCAUAAUUGAUAAUAAGUCAAUGAGGCUGAUUACUGAAUCUUCAGAAAGCUCUCCUCUUGCUAGGGACAAGUCUGAUACUUUAGAUCCCAAUCUCCGUGAAAAAGUUAUGUACUACUCCCCAAAUUUUGAUCCCAUGGCUUUUCUUUCCCGAGUACACCAUAAGACAAGUGCCGCUGAUUUAGAAUCUGGCGCCCUUGUGUUGAAAAAUGAUUUUAAGGGAAGGACUCAACAGAAAAAGCAAUUAGUGAAAGAGAACUUUGACUGUUUUGUAUCUUGCAAAACAACAAUUGAUGAUAUUGAAUCCAAACUGAGACAGAUUGAGAAAGAUCCUGAAGGGGCAGGUACUGUUCAGUUACAUGCUGCCACACAGAAUAUCACUGUCCUAGCAAACCAGGCCUUUCAGCCUCUCUUUGAGAGACAAGUACAAGCUGAUAAGAUUAGAUCAGUUCAAGGAAUGCUUCAAAGGUUCCGAACAUUGUUCAAUCUUCCGAGUUCAAUUCGCGGGAGCAUUAGUAGGGGUGAAUAUGAUUUGGCUGUUAGAGAAUACAGGAAGGCAAAAUCAAUUGUUCUUCCAUCUCAUGCGGGGAUACUAAAACGUGUUCUUGAAGAGGUUGAGAAGGUGAUGCAUGAGUUCAGGGGCAUGCUUUACAAGUCAAUGGAAGACCCACAAAUUGACCUAGCUGAUCUUGAGAACAUUGUUAGGCUAUUACUGGAGUUGGAACCUGACUCUGAUCCUGUAUGGCAUUAUCUCAAUAUUCAGAAUCGCAGGAUCCAAGGUUUGCUUGAAAAAUGUGCCUUGGAUCAUGAAGAAAGAAUGGAAGUUUUGCAGCAUGAUCUCCAGGAGAGAUUGGAAUCUGAUGCAAGAUGGAGGCAACUCCAACAAGAAUCAAACAAGCCUUUAGGUUUCCAUUUGCCGACCGAGGAUUCUCAUCUAGAAGAAUCACAACCAAUAAAUUUGAUUGGGGAAGAAGUGGACUCUUUAAGAGGAAGAUAUAUUCACAGGUUAAGUGCUGUGAUUAUCCAUCAUAUACCAGCUUUCUGGAGAUUAUCCCUCGCUGUGUUCAGUGGGAAGUUUGCAAAGGCCACAACGGGGAGCAUGCAUCUUGACAAUGAGACAUUUACUAAAUCCUCCACAAACAAUGGCGAGGAAAAAGCAAGUGACAUAAAGUACUCUAGUCAUUCUCUUGAAGAAGUUGCUCCCAUGGUUCAUGGAACCAUAUCUGCGUAUGAAGCCAAGGUCCUGAACACAUUUCGUGAUUUUGAAGAAUCCAACAUCCUGCUACCUUACAUGAGCAAUUCAGUGAAUGAAAUUGCCAAGGCAUGCCAGGCUCUCGAAAGGAAAGAGACAGCCCCUUCCUUAGCUGUCAAAAUCAUGUACGGUCUUCAUUUUGAAAUCACAAAGAUCUAUAUAUUAAGGCUAUGUACUUGGAUGCGUGCAACAACCGAAGUGAUAUCCAAAGAUGAAAUGUGGAUUCCUUUGUCAACUUUGGAAAGAAAUAAAUCUCCAUACUCCAUUUCUUACUUACCGCUUGCAUUUCAAGAAAUGACCGCAUCAGCAAUGGAUCGAAUUGAUGUCAUGAUUGAGAACCUGAAGAGUGCGGCAACCAAGACAAAAGACUUGGGUGUGCUUGUUGAAGACAUUCAAGAAUCUGUUAGGCUAGCAUUCUUAAACAGUUUCAUGGAUUUUGCUGGUUAUCUUGAACAAAUUGGAGGUGAACUCACCCUACAUAGAUCAUAUGGUGAAAACACUCAGUCACAAAUGGAAUCUUCAACUCUUCAUUCUAAUGGUGCAAUUGCUGAUUCCCUUAAAAAGUUAUUAGUAGUGCUGAGUAACAUUGGCUAUUGCAAAGAUGAACUUUCUCAGACAAUGUAUAGCAAAUACAAACACAUAUGGGGACAGUCUAAGGAGAUGGAUGGGCCAAAUGCUGAUAUAAAGGACUUGAUAACUUCAUUUUCUGCACUUGAAGAGAAAAUCCUUGGACAUUAUACAUAUGCAAAGUCAAACUUGAUAAGAUCUGCUGCCAUAAACUACCUGUUGGAUUCUGGAGUGCAAUGGGGAGGAGCACCAGCAGUAAAGGGCAUACGUGAUGCAACCAUAGACUUACUGCAUACUCUUGUUGCUGUUCAUGCUGAGAUUUUUUCUGGUGUGAAACCUUUGCUAGAGAAAACCUUAGGUAUUUUGGUCGAAGGCUUAAUUGACACAUUACUCAACCUUUUCCAUGACAAUAAUGGUCAAGGGUUAAAAUUGCUGGACCCAAACGGUUUCUGUCAGCUUAUGCUUGAGCUUGAGUUUUUUGAAACGGUUCUGCAUACAUAUUUCUCUCCCGCUGCACAUGAAGCUUUCAAGUCUCUGCAAGGACUUCUAUUAGACAAAGCCUGUGAAAGUGCAACGGAAUCUGCUGAGAAUCCAGGGCACCAUCGACGGCCAACUCGUGGCAGUGAAGAUGCAAUGGUGGAGGAAAAGCAACAAGGGAGUGUUUCACCGGAUGACCUACUUGCUCUCGCCCAACAAUAUAGCAGCGAGUUACUUGAAGCGGAGCUAGAGAGAACUCGGUUGAACAUCGCUUGCUUCAUGGAUUCUUCUCUUCAGCCAGCUUCAGUACCAGUGAAUCCAAAACCGACGUACUCUUCCUUCCAAGGCCCAGUUUCUUCUCCGAGUUUUAGGAGACAACAAACAGUGAGUUCCCCAGGGUUCUCUAGGCACAGACGAAGAUAAGGCCUAGUUGUUUUUCCGUAUUUUUCCUCAGUAUAAGCUUCUUGGCUUUUGUUUGAGUGUAGUUUUGUAUAUAGUGCUUGAAUUUUUGGGGCAAUUCUUUGGGUUUUAUGACAUCUUUUUAUCAACUUGUGGACUCUGAUUGUUCAUUCCUUUUCCUCUUUUUAGACUUUGAUUGAAUUUGAAUUCCGAAUGUUAUAUGUUUGUUCAGCCAGAAGAUUCAUCUGCCGUUGUAAAA